UGCGUUCAUCGGUGUUAUGUGGCUGGAAGCUCGCAGGUGAAUGUGUGUACACACAGAUGACGAACCACACACAAGCGCUCUGAAAUGGGAUGUUUCAUAGGCUAAAUAUUACGACAAACGCCGGGCGGACAGCGCAAUUUAAAACGGAUUUCUAUAUCAUAUCAAAAGCAUGUCUGCUUUUGUGGCCCAUCCCUCGGUUCGUGUCAGAGGAACGGAACACACGUACACACCUGUGCUGUGUCAGGAUGAGAAGUGUUUGGGGCAAGAGAAAGGAGUGCACAUGCACUGCCCGCUCUGUUCUGUGGCCGAGGCUUACCAAGAUCCAGUCAUCCUGCGAGCUCACUUUCGCAUUAAACAUGUGGACAAAGGCAUUGACUUUGCAGGCUUGAAGGUGCUGCGCUGCUGUAUCCAUUGUGAGAUCGUAGGCACUAUCAAAGGAGAAAAAAGGUUUAAAGGUGCACACUGGCACUGUUACCGCUGUAGAAAUGGUUUCAACAGAAGGGACGAGGCCAUUAAACACUAUAAAACACACUUCCGAAAUCCCCACACCACAUUCCAGAUCCAGGUCACACAGAAUGUGAACUGCAGACAGUAUUAUGGCGAGAGCUCGGAAGCUCAUGCUAAGGCAUAUGAAGGGCUGGCAGUGAGUCUUGGACCGGGUGGAGAUGGCACUAGCAUUGGAUCCAUCUUAACUCAGCCCAUCCUGGCAACUGGGACUGAAACUCUACUGACUGUGGAGCCAAAGGAAGAUGGUGAGAGAAAUGGAAUUCCACUGGGUGCUGAGGAGGAGGUGGGGUCUUCCCAGAACUCAUCUGAUGGGACUCAGACGCUUGUACUUAUGGACCCUGAUGGACACGGAAACAGUGUGAUCUAUGACACAGCUACUGGUAUCAUCACCGAACAGGAGGCAGAAAGUUUGGAACAGACCCUGCUGCAAAAACGACUCCUAGAGCUCCACCAGCAGAUCGACAUACUACGUCAGGACAAGGAGAGUAUGGAGAAGACACUACGAACUGAGAUUAGACAGCUCAAAGAACAGGUUGCAAGCCUGGUUCAGUCCAACGUAAGGAUGUUUGAGGAACUGCAAGCUUAUCAAUGUCCAGAUCACAGCCAGCAGAAGGUGGCCAAACUUCUUGAAAACCUUGAAGCUCAGCACAAAGAGCUUCUGCAGGCCCAGCUGGCCUCUCUCAGGAGGGAGAUCCUGUCAGAUAACAUGCCAAUCAAUGGCCACAAGGGGGCUCUGGAGCUCAAUGUCGAUUCGGAGGAGCCACAAACUGAAGCCAUCAGUGGCACUUUAACAGGACUGGAGGAUAUGGAUGGACAACUACAAACUGAGCAACACGAGGCACUAAAAUCCACAGAGCUUGAGUUGGUACCAACCGAUAAAAUGCCCUGUUUGGACAGCCCCGGCCUGGACUUAGAUUUGCCAAACACUAGCUUGACUACAUCUAAGGUUUUGGAGGAUAAACGGGAAGUGUCAUUGUCCCUUGUGUCAUCUAAGCGCAGCUCAGCGGAUGACUCAGAAGAGAUGACUCAAAGCAAAGUACAGAGAGUCAGCUGAAAAUGACGAUGUUAAAAACACUUGUCUCCAUUCCUCUUUCUUAAAGUGCUGUUACCUUUGCUGGUUCCUGGUGAAAAAAAUACAGAGUGAUCUGUAUUCUAUAAUGUAGAAAAAUAUACAAAAAAUGUCCAUGCUAAAAUAUUUUUAACGUUUUCCAUGCCUAUUUAUAUGUUUAACUGCUGGUAUCAUCAGUGCUUUAUGAUGUAGUCAUAUGGUUUUGUCACUCAAAGAAUGUGUAGGAUUAAAACAAAGGAUAUUUAUUUUAUUUCUGAUGUUCUUGCAUAAACAGAACCAUGUUGCUGAUCAUAAAUUCAUAAAGUAGACAUUUUGUGGUGAACUGAUAUGGGGUAUGUUUUUUAAAAGGGUCAUCGGAUGCAAAGUUCACUUUUACAUGUUGUUUGAACGUUAAUGUGUGUUG